UUCUCUGGGGUGUUUGAACAGGAAGGCGGACAUGUUGGCCAAGCUGUGUGAGAAAAACGGGCAUAGUCUGCGAUUGCUUUCCGAAAACGAACACAGAUCUAACCAGAUUUACAUUUAUAUCCAGUGUGAGAGUUACAACUGUUUGGAUGGAAAACAGCCGUCAGUGAAUGACAGUACAUGGGACGCCGCGGAAGGACUACGGUGAAACGUUAUAGAGACUCCGUGUUUAAACUGUUCGAAAUUUGGAAGAAGCAGAAGUUUUUUUCCCACCACUUCUACUUUUCAGCUGUCAGAUUCAUUUGUCGAUUCCUGAUAGGCCCUGGCACAGCGAUGGGAACGGGCCUGGACUAGUCUUCCGACCAACUGCACUUUUCGAGAAGAUAUUGCAGUUACAUUUGAAUUGCCUUUUGUGUGGAUGCACCAACGUUUUAAGUACUUAUCCUCAGUGGCAUCCUACGGAGGUUGACUAAUCUGCCGCCGCAUUUAUCUCUGCCACUGAAGUUGUUUGCCACUUGUACUUGGAAAGAAAUCAUCCGACUCCGAAAUGUGGCAUGUUCAGUGUAACCUUAAAGUCUUUGUUGUCUGUGAAAACUCGAAGAGAACGAUGCAUUUUCUCUGAAGUUCGGUGUAAAGUUCACACCAAAAAAGGAACACUUGGCUAGCUAGCUGCCGCUGGCUGCUAAAGCUAGCUAGCCAUCCCAUUGCCUCGCUUGAGAGCUGUUUUUGUUCAUAGCCCAGCGCCGGGACUGAGUUUGACAACAAAAUGUCUUCUGGGGAAAGUAUGGAGGCCCGAUGUGAAAAAAUCGAUUCCAUGUUGACGGACCCAAAGUCAGAAAUAAACACGGAUUGUCUACUGGAUGGCUUGGAUGCUCUGGUAUAUGACCUCGACUUCCCUGCCCUGAGGAAAAACAAGAGCAUUGACAACUUUUUGAAUAGAUACAAAGAAACCAUUAGUAAAAUUCGUGAUUUACGGAUGAAAGCGGAGGACUAUGAGGUGGUUAAAGUUAUUGGAAGGGGUGCAUUUGGAGAGGUUCAGUUGGUAAGACACAGAGCCACAAGCAAAGUAUAUGCCAUGAAGCUGCUGAGCAAGUUUGAGAUGAUCAAGAGGUCUGACUCUGCUUUCUUCUGGGAAGAGAGGGACAUCAUGGCUUUUGCCAACAGUGCAUGGGUGGUGCAGCUCUUUUUUGCAUUUCAAGAUGACCGCUACCUCUACAUGGUGAUGGAAUACAUGCCUGGUGGCGACUUGGUUAACUUAAUGAGCAACUAUGACGUCCCAGAGAAGUGGGCCCGCUUUUACACCGCUGAGGUGGUGCUAGCUCUGGAUGGAAUCCACUCCAUGGGCUUCAUUCACAGGGAUGUAAAGCCUGAUAACAUGUUGCUAGACAAGGUUGGUCACUUAAAACUUGCAGACUUUGGAACCUGCAUGAAAAUGAACAAGGAUGGUAUGGUACGAUGUGACACAGCAGUGGGAACUCCAGAUUACAUUUCACCAGAGGUACUAAAAUCCCAAGGAGGAGACGGCUAUUACGGCAGAGAGUGUGAUUGGUGGUCAGUAGGAGUGUUUCUGUAUGAAAUGCUUGUUGGCGAUACUCCUUUUUAUGCAGACUCAUUGGUGGGGACCUACAGCAAAAUUAUGAACCACAAAAAUGCCCUGACCUUCCCCGAUGACAGCGACAUCUCAAAUGAUGCAAAAAAUCUCAUCUGUGCUUUUUUGACUGACAGGGACGUUCGACUUGGCCGUAAUGGUGUAGAUGAAAUCAAGAGGCAUCCUUUCUUCAAGAAUGACCAGUGGACAUGGGAAAAUAUCCGAGAGACCGCUGCUCCUGUAGUGCCUGAACUGAGCAGUGACAUUGACACCAGUAACUUUGACGACAUUGAGGAGGAUCGGGGAGAGGAAGAGACCUUUCCCAUACCAAAGGCCUUUGUGGGAAACCAACUCCCCUUUGUUGGCUUCACAUAUUACAGCAAUCAACAUCUUUUGCGCAUUUCUCCUGCAACAAAGACGAGCGAUAAACGUGGUUCUUCUACAAAAGAAGACAAGAGUCAUCUGGAGAACCUGCAGAAACAAAUCUACCAACUAGAGGAGCAGCUCCACAGGGAAAUGCAACUUAAAGAUGAGUUGGAACAGAAAUGCAGGGCAUCAAAUACCAAGAUUGAGAAGAUCAUGAAAGAACUGGAUGAAGAGGCAAACUUGAGGAAGAGUUCAGAAGCCAGCAUGUCUCUGCUGGAGAAGGAUAAAAUUAUGCUGCAGCACAGAUUCGCUGAGUUCCAAAGAAAAGCUGCCCAAGAGGCAGAGAAGAGACGCAAUUUAGAAAAUGAGGUGUCAACAUUGAAAGAGCAGCUUGAAAAUAUGAAGAAGAUCAAUCAGAACUCACAGGCCUCCAAUGACAAAAUUGCCCAGCUGCAGAAUCAGCUGCAAGAGGCUAACGACCUGCUGCGCGCUGAGUCGGACACUGCAGCAAGACUGAGGAAGAGCCACACAGAGAUGUCAAAGUCAAUGAGCCAGCUGGAGAGUUUGAACCGCGAGUUGCAGGAGAGGAGCCGCUCAGCAGAUGGAGAGAAGGCGCAGCUGGAGAAGGAGCUCCUGGUUCUUCAGAGCACCCUGGACUCGGAACGAAGGAACUACAGUCAGGGCUCAGAGGAGAUCAGGGAACUGCAAGCGAGAUUAGCUGGACUGCAAGAAGACAACAAAAACUUGAAGCUCAACCUCUCUAAGAUGGAGGCAGAACGCAAGCAGGCCCAGGAAAGGAGCAAUAACCUGGAGAAGGAAAAAAACAACCUGGAGAUAGAUCUGAACUACAAGCUGAAGACCUUGCAGCAGCGUCUGGAGCAGGAACAGACUGAGCACAGGGUGACUCGGGCACAGCUCACUGACAAAUACGAGUCUAUUGAAGAAGCCAAAUCUGCUGCCAUGAAUGCUGUUCAGCUGAAGAUGUCAGAGGAGAAUGGAGCGAGGAUGAGAGCAGAGAGUCGGGUUGUGGAGGUAGAGAAGCAGUGCUCCAUGCUAGAGUUUGACCUUAAGCAGUCUGUGCAAAAAAUGGAGCAGCUGAUGAAACAAAAGGAAAGGCUGGAAGAUGAGGUGAAAAAUGUACAGAUACAGCUGGAACAAGAGUCAAGCAAGCGUGUCCUGGUUCAGAAUGACCUGAAGAUUCGCAUGCAGGAGGUCGAUCGUCUGAGGUGUUCAGAGAAGCAGCUGAAGCAGGAGAUCAACACUUCACUAGAGACUAAACGCUCACUGGAGUUCCAGCUGGCACAGCUGACCAAACAAUAUAGAGGCAACGAGGGACAGAUGAGGGAACUUCAGGACCAGCUUGAGGCCGAACAGUAUUUUUCUACACUUUACAAAACUCAGGUCAAGGAACUAAAAGAGGAGAUUGAGGAAAGGAACCGGCAGGUACAAGAGGCACAUAAGAAGGUGCAAGAUUUGUGCAAUGAAAGGGACUCCCUGUCUGCCCAGCUGGAUCUGACUGUAACUAAGGCUGAGUCAGAGCAGCUUGCUCGGGCACUUCAGGAGGAGCAGUACUUUGAGCUCAGCCAGGAGAACAAGAAAGCAGCAGCCAGACAUAAGCAGGAUGUUGGGGAAAAGGAAGCUACCAUUGCACGGCUCGAGGAAUCCAAUAAAACUUUAACCAAAGAUGUUGAGAACCUCAGCAAAGAGAAAGCAGAGUUAGAUGAGAAGCUCCGAGUUCAAGAGGAAGAAUAUGUAGCACAGAAGGAAGAGAUUACAAAUGCAUUAAAGGCCAACUAUGAAAAGAACCUCAGCACUGAGCGCACACUAAAAACUCAGGCGGUGAACAAACUGGCAGAGGUUAUGAAUCGAAAAGAUAUGAAGCUCGACCAGAAGAAGAAAGGCAGCGCAGCAGACCUCCGGAAGAAGGAGAAAGAGAACCGCAAACUCCAGCUGGAGCUUAAUCAGGAGAAAGAGAAGUUGACCCACAUUGCCAUUAAAUAUCAGAAGGAGCUCAGUGAGAUGCAAGCACAACUGGCAGAGGAAUGCACGUAUCGCACCGAGUUACAGAUGCAGCUGGACAGCAAAGAAAGUGACAUCGAGCAGCUUCGGGAGAAGCUAAGUGAUUUGCAACAGCGCAUGGAAAACUCGAGUGUCAUCAGCUUGCAGACGGAUGAGAUGGACUGCAACAUUGCAGAAUCCAGAUUGGAGGGUUGGCUGUCCAUUCCUAAUCGUGGUAAUAUCAAGCGACAUGGAUGGAAGAAGCAGUAUGUGGUGGUGAGCAGUAAGAAGAUUCUGUUCUACAAUGAUGAGCAGGAUAAGGAACAGUCUAACCCUUCGAUGGUACUAGAUAUCGACAAACUAUUCCAUGUGAGACCAGUCACACAAGGAGACGUGUACCGAGCUGAGACAGAUGAGAUUCCAAGGAUAUUUCAGAUUUUGUAUGCCAAUGAGGGAGAGUUCAGAAAAGAGGUAGACAUGGAGACGGUCCCUCAGGGCGACAAGACCAACUGUCUCCCACAUAAAGGCCAUGAGUUCAUUCCCACACUGUAUCACUUCCCUUCCAACUGUGAGGCCUGCUCCAAGCCUCUGUGGCACGUCUUCAAACCACCUCCGGCCCUUGAAUGUCGCCGCUGCCAUGUGAAGUGCCACAAGGACCAUCUCGACAAAAAGGAGGAUGUCAUUUCUCCUUGCAAAGUUAAUUAUGAUGUCACCACUGCCCGGGAUAUGCUUCUACUGGCCCUGACCCAAGAUGAGCAAAAGAAAUGGAUCGGCCAUCUUGGAAAGAAGAUUCCGAAGACCCCACCAUCAACGUUUUCUAGAGCCUCACCUCGUUCUAUGUCCACUCGCUCUGGACCCAACCAGUCCUUCCGGAAGAACCCUAAAAGCAAUACGGGAAAGCUGAGCAGAGCGCAGUCCAGCCUCCAGGCAGCAGACACAACAUCCAGCACUUGUUGACAGGAACAUCUUCAGAAACUAACCACCUGAACCGUUGGGAUUUUUUCUGGACUCUAAACUUUCCCUCCUUCCUCGUUCACAUAAAAAUGGAAAGCCUGUACUUCAUUGAAAAUUGAAUGAAAAUAUAAAGAAAAAUGAAGAGAAGAAAAAAAAAAAGCGAUGGAAAAUUGCAAUCCAUGGCUGGCAUAAGGCAUCAUGAACACUGAAAGGCUGAUUUCCCCUCCAUUUGUCUUUUCAACGUUCAGAGGAAACCAUUAUCCUUAUCAGCAAGCUUGCAGACAUCCAUUUCUACCAGAAGAUGGUGCACGCUCGCCUCGAAUUAAGAUGGACAACGGAGCGAUAGAAGGACUGUGUCAUGUGACAUUCUUUGGUUAUAUUUUGUGAAAAGUAAUGAAAACCAGAAGGUAAUAAAGGGGGUUUGCCUGGACUCCUGCAAGUAUGUCUUCAGUUUAAGGUACUGUCAUACAGGGAUUGCAGAUCAACCUUGAAAGGUUGUGUCUCAGGGGAGGAAAAAAAAAAUAUCUGUUUAGUCAUUUUUUUCCCCAUCUGAAUGAUAUUUGAAGAAAAAACAAAACAAAAAUUCAAAUUUAAAAACAUGACUCAUGCCUUCUUCCUCAUAUCUCUGGCCUUUUUGCCCACAAUAUCACUCUUCAGGUCAAAUGAUUUGUUUGGGAACAGCGUAUUGGGACACAAGUAUUAGAUGUUUUGAGUAUUGAGUGGGGAGCAUGCCAGAUAAUCAUUUAAAUCUACUGAUUAUUUUUAUUGUAAUAUUUUUAUUGCUCAAGCCAUAAGGAAAAUUCCAUUGUAAUGGCAUAUAGGAGUUAUAAAACUUGGAUUUGUUCUGUUUAUUGGUACAUUGUCUCUCUGUAAUAUCUUUUUUCUUGUAUUUUUUUUUUUUUCUUUUUUGUAAUGUAUUGCCUUACAUUGAUCUAUUAGAUAAAUGGCUCAAAAGGAAAACAUUAAGUUAACAAAUGUAAAACUGCCACUGUUUGACUUGACCUGUAAAUAUUUGUCGAAGACUAAACAGGUGUAGCAUUUUGGCCCACCUAGUGCCUUAACGUUUGGAUAUUGAUUUUUACUGCCAUGUCUUUUUUUUUUUUUUCUUUUUGUUCCAACACAAGACAAAUCCUUAAUUCUUCCAUUGUAAUUUUUUAAGAAAUUGCCACACAUUUGUGUUUUAUCAGACCUUCAUUUCUCUGGUUCUGAAUAUGAAAAAUGUCUAUAAUAGAUUACCCUCUUUAUGGACACAUUGCAAUAGAGUUUGUGUCAAGCAAAGUCCCCAAACUUCAUUCAUAUCAUAAGACAAUUUCAGGAUUGUUUGUACCUAAAGCAAAUCUACCUGUCUGAAUGAAUGUUAUAAGUCAUAAGUUGUUUCCAACAUGGUAAUGUCCAUUAAUGCAACCCCCCUCAAUGUAUAUAAAGAAACAAGGAUUAUGGAAUAUCUCCACGGUCCUUUAUUUGUUUUUUUGGUUUUUUUUUUUCAGUUAAAAAGAAAAAUAAGAAAAAAAAAAAGCACUGGAACUAUGAUCACUCUUGUCUUGGAUAAUUUGCAUGGUUAAACUGCAUUGGAGUCCGCACUGAUAGCUAUGUCAAUAAAUACAUAUCUUUAUCACA